AUGGCAUCGUCGCAGUCUGUGCAGGCCGAGGACGCCUACUUCUCGUCCAAUCCGCCGCCGCGCCUGCUGGCCUCUCACCUGGCGCAGGCCGAGUCCUUCAUCACCGCCCACGCCGCCGCCGGCCACCGCGUCGUGCUCAUCACGUCUGGCGGCACGACGGUCCCGCUCGAGAAGCAGACGGUGCGCUUCAUCGACAACUUCAGCGCCGGCACGCGCGGCGCCACGUCGGCCGAGUACUUUCUCUCCGCCGGCUACGCCGUCAUCUUCCUGCACCGCGAGUUUAGCCUGCAGCCGUACUCGCGGCAUUACACGCACGCCAAGGACUGCUUCCUGGAUUUCCUGGACGAGGAUGAGGGUGGUGCUGGCCGUGGCGAUGAUGCCACGAGGGUGGUGGUACGCAAGCAGGACCAGAGCCGCAUCCUCGACGUCCUGCGCGAGUACAAAAAGGCCAAGCGCAGCAACAUGCUCCUGAUGCUGCCGUUCGUCACCAUUGGCGACUACCUGCACGAGCUGCGCGGCAUCGCGCGGCUGAUGCGCCCGCUCGGGCCGUCGGGCCUGCUGUACCUGGCCGCGGCCGUGUCCGACUUUUUCGUGCCGCCGGAGCGCAUGUCGGAGCACAAGAUCCAGUCCACCAACGCGGUGCAGGCGCUCCAAGACCGAGCCAAGGAGAGCGGCGGCGACGGCAGCAAGAGCAGCAGCGGUGGCGACGAGGACGAGACCUUUGACAACUUUGACGCGUCGCGCGUGCCGCGCUCCAAGCGGCUGGUCGUCGACCUCGACCCGGUGCCCAAGUUCCUCGAGAACCUCGUCGACGGCUGGGCGCCCGAGGGCAUGAUUGUCAGCUACAAGCUCGAGACGGACCCGGCCAUCCUCGUGCACAAGGCCCGCACCAGCCUCGACCGCUACCAACACCAUCUCGUCAUCGGCAACCUGCUGACCACACGUAAGUGGGAGGUGGUCUUUGUGAGCCCCCGCCGCGAGGACAAGUGGCUGCGCGUCGCCCGCCAGGGCGGCUGGGGGGAGGCCGAGGGCCGGCCGCUCCGCGCGGACGAGCUGCCGCCGGAGGAGCCCGCGGAAGAGAUUGAGGCGCUGAUCAUCCCGGCCGUGUCGGAGCUGCAUGAUGUGCAUAUCGCGUCUAGGAAGGCGUGA